UGACACCAAGAUCAAGUUUAAGACCAUAACAAAGGCACAUGUGGCCGCCCUGCAAAGUGCGUUAAAGGAUCAAAAAGGGUCAAGGGUCACCACGAGAAGCGAGGGACACGUACCACCUAGGGCGUGACCUUCACCAUGGAGGAUGCCACGGAUUUUAACGUUUAUGUCGGCACGGAGACGGGGAUCCUCAAAGGCAUCAAUCUCAACCAGAGGGCAGUGAUACACAAGAACUUCCACAAGAUCCAAGCCUUAGAUCGUCAGCAGGAGAUCACCUCCAUGGCUUGGGGGAACGAACAGGAAAGUGAGGUACUGAUGGGCUUGCGCAACCAGACUGUUAGAGUAUUCGACACAGAUGCUAAAGCUUUUGUGUCGACAAGAACAAUAAAUGUUGGUGAAGGGCCUAUUGUCUCUCUGGGGAGGUUGGAUGGCGUCACCAUCACUGCUAUGAAGUCUGGUCAGGUGACCCUCUGGCAGAGUGAUGGUGCAGUGGAAAUCAAUGCGCUGGGUAAAGGUGAAUUUUUGACAAAGAUGAGGCAGGAUCCAGCAUCUCCUAAUGUGAUUGCUACAGGAGGGAAAGAAGCAGACCUUCAUUUGUGGGAUCUGCAGAGACCUGAGGAAGCAAUAUUCACAGCUAAGAAUGUAAAGCCUGACAUGCUAGAGUUGCGUGUUCCAGUCUGGGUGACAGACAUUGCAUAUCUAGGAGACCAGCGAAGUGUUGCAAUCUCUUCCAGGCACAAGCAUAUUCGCCUCUAUGAUCCCAAGAGACAGAGGAGGCCAACCAUCAGCUUCGAAUGGGAAGACUCGCCCCUUACCUGCAUCAGUGCCGUGUCCUCCACCAUGGGGCAAGUUGUUGUUGGAACAGCUCAUGGCCGCCUAGGGCUGUUUGAUUUGAGAGGACGCAAGCCUGAGGAACCAGUGCAUGCAUACAAGGGAUUUGCAGGGGCUGUGCGAGACCUCUUUGUCCAUCCCAAACAACCCUUCGUCUUCUCAGUCUCUUUGGAUCGCUUUUUGAGAGUUCAUAGCUUAACCUCAAGGAAGCUAGUGUUUAAAGAAUACAUGAAGUCUAGGUUGAAUUGUCUUCUGGUUCGUGAAAACUUGGAUGAAAUGGACUUCAUCACCGCAGCGAUAAACACUACCUCUAAGAGAAAAUUGCCCGCUCCAGAGAGCAAACCAGAGACAAAGACCAAAUUAGUCAAAAGAAACACUGAAAUCACUGAUGCUGAAUGGGAAUCUUUAACAGCGUGAGGACGAGUGUCUGAAACCAUAAUAAUAAUAAUAAUAAUAAUGAUUUAUCUUUGAUUUUCAGAAUUACUAUCUAAUGAGCUGUAUGACUAGAUUCAUAUUUUAUUCCAAGUAUUGAAAAUGCAGCUUUAUAUUCAG